CAAACUCCUCCAGCAGCGUCUCUCUCUGUGCUUGUGGUUGUACUGGGAGUUUUGCUCUUACUGCUCUUAGUGCCACUGCUUAUACUGGUUCAGCAGAACAGAGUGAUGAGGAGAGCUCUCUCUAAGAGCAGACACAGGACGACGACUGAGGCCGUUUAUGAGGAGAUUCAUCACAGACCCACUAAUAGACAGAGUUUCUUCACUCAGAGGGGAAGUGUCCUUUCAGAAGAACAGCAUUCUGGGUAUGAAGAUGCUGAUGAGCUUCUUUCAGUAGGAGCCGCACCUCACUACUAUAAUGACAUCAGCACUGAAGGGCCAAAUGAAGAAGAGCAGCAAAUCACACCUGAGAAUUAUGAUGACAUAAUCACUGUUGGACUGAGAUCUCGUGAUACAGAAAACUAUGAUGAUGUCAUCAUUGUACGACAAUUCUCCAAUGAUAAAGCAGACUGUGUUCAGGAGGAGUAUGAUGAUGUGAAGAAUGUCAGGGAAUAUAUGAGUGACAUGUUUGACUAUGAUGAUGUGGGGGAGGAGCCAGGAAAACAGGGAGGGACUUUAUAACUGAAACCACACCCAGUGCCUCAAAUCCUUUCAAAGCUUUUAAGUUUUCUGCAAAGUUUAAGUGUCUUUGAUGCUAUACAACUGCUGUUCACCAAU